CUUGGUUUCUCAGCAUGCAAGCAUUUGCAUACUGCAUAUCAACAUAUGAAGAUUUACCGACCAUUGUCUUAAAAAGUGGCUGGUUACCAGGUCUCCUUAAAAUACUCACUGAUGUGAAAGCAAAUUCUGUUGCCGAGGAAACACGCAGCUGUUUCCUGUUGUUGUUAACUGCUAUUGCUAAGGUAGAUAAAUCAGCAAAGUCUGUGAUACGAGAGAAAGGAGGGCUAGAUUUAGCUAGGUAUGACAGUAUACUAGUUAAUAUAAACCAUCUAUUAACAGAUUGUCUGUGGCUGAGUGGUUAUGGUUGGAGAAUUAAAAUCAUUUGCCACUUUGUGUUCAAAUCUGCCACAGACGAUAGAAUGUUUAUUGUAAGGUAGCUUUCAAGCUAGUUUAUAAUAU